CUUCAAACUUCCAAGGAUCCACCACAGUCUUCUCACUUUUCUCCCCCGGUAAAGAGAAGACUGCUUCUUUUUGUGUGUCAGCACCAUGGCCAGCGCUCGGACUCUCCUCCUCGCGGCCACCUGCUGCUGCGCCUACCUGUGGCUCGCUCGUGCAGAUGACUCCUCCCUGGAGACACGGUCGUUGGAUUUCCCCCUGAAAACCCAACAGGAGAAAGACCUGAUUGACGCCUUGCAAGAAGUUUUGGAGAAACUGAGAAGCAAAGAGAUGCCCUUAGAGAAAAAACAUGGCUGGCUGCCUUCGUGUGACGCUGGAGAGCCGUGUGCCGUGCGUAAAGGCGCGCGCAUCGGCACGCUAUGCAGCUGCCCCCGGGGGACUUCCUGUAACUUUUAUGUUCUCAAAUGUUUGUAAUACAAAACAUGUAAGAAAACAGAGAAGGGACGUAUUAAGUGUGGAGUGAAAAAAUGUGAUGCCACUUUCAUUGUGAGAAAAAUAAAUGUAAUAUGUGGUUAUGCCUAAAGGGCGAUUUUCUGUUAUUAUCAUGGAUUAUAAUAUUGUUUUUUUUAAUAAUGUCGAGGUCUUUGUUCAUAUUUGUUUGUGAUUUUUCUAUGUAAUGUAGUGUUGUAUAGGGAAUCAAGUAAAGCUGUCCUAGCAUCAGUAUGUAAACACAUUUGUAAG